UGUCUUUCUUAUUACCAACUUGCCAUGAUAAAUAUGGAAAAUUAUAUUUGGCUAGAAGGAGGCUGAGAAAGGGAACAGAUGGCCACCAAAAGAAUACUAGAGCAGCUAAUAGUCACUGGCAUAUUUCCGGGAUAAAAAUUUAAAUCUGAAACCAAGCAGAGGGUUAUCCAUUUUUUUCUGAUCAGGGUACUGUGUAUGAAACUGAUCCUGCUAUGCUCUGACUAGAUGAAGGUGGGCUUUCUGAAAUGCAUUCGCCGAAUGGAAUAAACAACCUCCGUCCUGCAGUUAACGACUCUUGCCGUUAUGCUGACAGAAAUAGUUGACAAGCCUUCCCAUGUGGAUGCAUUUUCUCAGUCUCAACUGACGGUUCAACAGAGAGAUCAUCUGGGAUCUAACAGAGUCUUCCAUCAGAAAGUCAGUCGUGGUGUUCUUUCCCUCCCGCAUCUGGAAGGUCAAGCAAAGCAUGGUUUGGUUGCAGACGCUGCAAACCCUCCCCCCCUUGGAAGCAGCCUGCCUCAGAUAACAAACAGGAGCUUGCAGAAUGUCCUCCCCUCUCUUCAGGAAAACGGAAGUCAAGGCAAUUUUUCCCAAUUUAACUUUCUGGACAGCCUUCCUGAAAGUGAUACCAGAGCCCAGACAAAACCAUCAGAACUGGAAAGCACCAGCAUCAAUGUCAAACUGCCUAUGACAGCUUCAGAAGCCUUGAAAUAUUUUAGAAACCAGUUAACAGUCUAUGAGCAAAAAGAAAUUUUCAAUUAUACAGAGCUAUGGUUUCUUGGGCUGGAAGCUAAAAAAAUUGAAGGUUUGCCUGAAACCCAGAAUAAUAAUUGUUACGAUGAUGAGCAUGGUUCCUACUUAAAGGUUUUGCAUGACCACAUCGCGUACCGAUAUGAAGUGUUGGAGGUGAUUGGGAAAGGUUCAUUUGGGCAGGUGGCUAAAUGCUUGGAUCAUAAAACCAAUGAAUUAGUGGCACUGAAAAUAAUAAGGAAUAAGAAAAGAUUUCACAGCCAGGCUUUGGUAGAAGUGAAGAUCCUUGAUGCUCUCCUGAAGAAGGACAAAGAUGAUACUCACAAUAUCAUCCACAUGAAGGAAUACUUCUACUUUCGCAAUCACUUCUGUAUUUCCUUUGAACUGCUGGGAAUAAAUUUGUAUGAGUUGAUCAAAAAGAACAAUUUCCAAGGUUUCAGUUUGUCUUUAAUUCGACACUUCACUCAGUGCGUUCUGAGAUGUUUACAAGUGCUCUACCAGGAAAGAAUCAUUCACUGUGAUCUGAAGCCUGAGAACAUAUUAUUAUACCACAAAGGCCAAGGUUCAGUUAAAGUUAUUGAUUUUGGAUCAAGCUGCUAUGAACACCAAAGAGUGUACACCUAUGUUCAGAGCCGGUUUUAUCGCUCGCCUGAAGUGAUUCUUGGUCAUCCUUAUGCUAUGGCGGUUGAUAUGUGGAGCUUAGGCUGUAUCAUAGCUGAGCUUUACACUGGCUACCCACUGUUUCCAGGGGAAAAUGAAGUUGACCAACUUGCCUGCAUCAUGGAGGUAUUGGGUCUUCCACCAACCGAUUUUAUCCAGGCUGCAUCAAGAAAACGAACGUUCUUUGAUUCCAAAGGUUUUCCUAAAUCCAUAACUAACAGCAAGGGAAAAAAGAGAUGCCCAGACUCCAAGGAUCUAAGCACAGUACUGAAAACCCAUGAUGCUGGUUUCUUGGACUUUCUGAAAGGAUGUCUAAUGUGGGAACCUGCUCUGCGCAUGACUCCCGAUGAAGCAAUGAAGCAUGCGUGGAUCCAGGAGCCAAAAAUACACAGAGCAAAACAGAAAACACAGACUUCAAGGAAGCUGAGUGAUGGCGCUCUCUCUACAUCAGAAGAGAACACAGAGAAUAUUCAAAAUGUCUGGAAAGAUACGGCUGACAAAGUGAGAAGUGAUCUGGCUGAAAGACUGACUCCCACUGUGCCCUCCACAGGCACAACAGAAAAUGAUGUGCACAACACAAGGAAACGUGUUAUUUCAGAGAAACAUUUGGAGACUCAAAUGGAAAAGCCUAUAAAAAAUCAUCAAGCAGAACACAGUGGUGAAACAGCUCUUCCAAAAAAUUCUCUUUUUUUCCCACCAAUUAAGUAAUACAAAGUACAAAUGAUGAUUGCUUCAGUUGCAUACUUGGUAUAUUUUGUAGGUAUUUUUUGUACUCAGGAAUAUAAGCUGUAUCUGGCUGUACAUGGGCUGUGCUCAUUGUAAGUAUAUUUAACGUUCAUUUUACCCUGAAAUAGUCCAGUCAACCAAAAUAGAAUUUCAGAUUCAUUCUUUUUCCUCAUCUACAUCCUUGUUGUGAUCAACCAGCAGCAAUAAAGUGGAGACUGUAGAGGUGGAGAGCGGCUUAUUCUUGAUGUUAUAAUAGACUUCUGAAUUUUAGAUUUUCCUGGAGCUAAAAGAACAAAUUCAUUGAUUGAAGAACCUGAAUCCUUUCACUUAACAUCAGCAUAAAUCAGGAAUAAUUCAUGGAUAGGAUUACUGGGUUUACUUCUGUAUAAAAAUGAGAAAGCAAACCCAGCAGCUUCACUUUCUUCCUUCUCUAUCUCCCACUUCUUUAUAGUGAAGCACUAGAUGUCACAUCUUCUUACCACAUUUAGAAAUGUAAAUUAUGUUCUUUAGCUCUUUAGCAGCAACAGAGUGGUAUUCUGCGCCCACUUCUGCAGAGGCUCCACUCAGUAUUCAUAUCAACAGGAAGGAUGGAUUAAAGCAAGCUGUUUUGAUUCAGGGAAUUGUCCUCUGCAGGAAGUUUAACUUAAUACUCUGAAAAAAACAGAUUUCUAUGACCCCUAUAAUUUCUAUGUUUAAUUUAGCUCUUGGACAAUAGACUGUCUUUUCAUUGCAUUUGUAAAGCACGCACCUCGGUAUGACUUUUAUGCUUUACUGUGACUUAUAGAAAGUACCGCAAUUUAAAUGGAAAUAAUGAGGAAAUUGUCCUACAAAAUGCAGCUGCUACUUUAGCGGUACUGUACUCCCAAGAGAGAGAGGUGUUCGUAGGUGUUAAGAGUCACCAUAACAGCAAACUCCCGCAGGCUCUUUGUGCGAAAGGAAAACCCAAAGGAUACAAAAAUGGUCCUAACACAGUUCUAGUGUAACAGUGAGUAAACAAGCCAUCUGACAGGCUACGGAGGUGACUGCAUGACAAAAGGCCUAUAGCAGGUGUGCCCUCCUACUGAAUGGAAAGUUAAUGCUAACAGUCAUCUCAGGGAAAACAGACCACACACUGCAAUGUGACGAUUCUCUUGGCUUCAGGCAAAUCCUGGGACUCAUGAAGAAACACCUGGAAGAUGAGUGACCCAAGCAGGGCAAUAGCCCAUUAUUGAGCAUAAUUGAGCAGGUAAUUAGAAGGGUACUUUGGCAGGCAAAUAUCGUCCUGCCGUGAUGCGGACAUUUCUGACAAGCAGGCCAGCUUGUAGUACCAGAACUGUCUGUAUCUCUGGCUUCAGAGAGACUCCUUUGCAGCUGAACCCUCCUGGAGGCUAUCAAACGCUCCCAUUGAUCACCAGAAUGCUGCGCUGGGAAAAGUGAGUUCUCUUAUGUACCGUGUUUCUGUGACUGGGCUGAAUACCCAUGGUGGGCAAGCAUCUUGUAGAACGCAGGCAGAGCCCUUAUCACAUUUCACAGAGGACUCCUACCCCUAGUGGGAGCUGAAUGAAAGAGUUAGACUCACCAUCGGUUUUAGGGAAUAUUCGGAUAAGUUUUUACAGAUAUUUGGAAAAUAUUGUGGCUGAUUGUUUGCAAGUAACACAGAAGAUAAGAAGCAAAGGGUUUAUGUUUAUGUGUAAGGGUUCAAUGUGGACUAAGAACAACAAAAGUACCUAUCCUGAUACCACUUAACUAAAAGGUCGGAUCCUUACAUCCUUGGAACUAUAAUUUGUACUGUUUCAAUUCAGUUGCUGUUGAUUCUCCAUCUCUGUUGUGCUAUGUUCACUUGACUGCUUAGGCUGCUCCAAGUUAAAAUAUCUGUCUUCUUGUAAUUGUACACUUGUGUAUUUGUCUGCUCUACCUCAGAGGCAAAGUUUGGGAUCAAUUAUACCAAGUGGCUCUUGAUAGUAUUGCUUAGUCCUUGUAAAGCUGUGAACCUCAUUUGAUGUAUGGGCUCAUGUGCUGGAGCUGCAUGUUCUUCACAAUUAAUACAUUUCAGUAGCUUUUUGUGGUAAGCAGCACUGUAUUACUUCUCAUGGCAUAUGCUGGUGGGUUUUUCAAGGCAUUCAUAGAGUUAAGGGAAAGUAAGAAAGCCACCUGAGACUGCAAUUCAGUUUGGUUGUCCUUUUGUUUGCAGAAGGCAGGCAGAUGGCCUUUCACUGUAGCUAGCUGGCUGCCGUGUAUUUUCUCUCUUCCCUUGCUUGCUGACCUGCUGUUCUUUUUUAAAUUCCUUCAGCCUCCACAGUGAUUUCCAUCUUUAAAAUCUUUCCUAAUAAGGGCUCUGGUAGAUAACUGUUGGAUUUUUUUUCAGAGAUGACAGAAAUAGGUAGAAAUUACUUGGCAGAAAGAUCUAGCCCUCACAUACCAUCAUUGCUUUCACAUGCCUAUACAGAAUCAAGCAGACCCAACAGAUACAGGUAGCAUCCUCUUUUCUGUGCUGUAAAAGGAGAGCCUUCAAAAUGUUGAGAAGAUUUCUCUGACUGCUGGUCUGCUUGAGCCACCCACAGACUGGUAAUGGAGUAAACUCAUAGAGAGACAAAACACUAAGUGUUCAAUUUACUUGAUUGAAAAACACAAACCGUGCAUCACGUUUUGUUUCUGUAUGAUAGAGUGACAUUUUAGCUACAUUUGCCAAGAAAAUGAGGUGGCUGCUUUCUUGUCUCUCUCUGCACAUUGACCUGAUGAUCUUCCGGUUGGUGUCCUCUUCCCCUGAGCUCUUCAGCCUAUUAACAGAUACUAGCUGAGGUAGGCAGAGGAACAGUGUUCUCAAAAGUAUUUUGCUUCUGUAUGCUACAGUUGACAGAGGAGUGAGACCCUAUUAGUGUCUGCAACAAGUUGCCCGGAGAGGUGGGGGAGGCCCCAUCCCUGGAGACAUUAAAGGCCAGGCUUGACAAGGCUCUGAGCAACCUGAU